AUGGCAAAGAUCACAGAUACAAUAAUCAUAACAUCUUCACAAUCGGAAACAAGUAUUACAGAUGUUGCAAUAGUGGACUACAUAGAGUCAUGGAUAGAAGAUAAUGUAUUGACACAUUAUAAAGUUGUUUCAUCUAACCCUGUAGAAUUAGUUGCAUUACGGAGUUUUAAAAGAGUCUUAGUGAUUUGUCCAACGAUAGAGUUAUCAGAAAUAAUUAUGGAAAAGAUGAAUUCUAUUCAAAAUAAUCCUCUAUUAUCAAAUUUACAAUUAAACUACGCUGCAUUUGACAGUAAGGAUUUACAUAAUGAUGAUUAUGAGAAGAAAUAUUUAAAAUUACCAAAAGGUGAAAAACGAUUUUUAGUUUCACCUCCAACUUCUCCACCGCCGGAGUUUGAUUAUUCAAAAGUAGAAGAAGCACCAAAUGUAUUCCAUCAUAAAACUCCAUUAAUGUUUAAUGAGGUUCAAGGUAGGGCAACUCUAGUUAAAAGCUCAGUAGGUACAAUCAUAUUGGAUAAUUCUGCUUGUAGUAGUUUACAAACAUUAGAAGAACCUUCAAUAAGAGAAUUUAAAACUGCUAUGCCUCCAAAAUCUAUAUUUGAGGAGGAUUAA